AUGGCGAACAUGGUGUGGAAGUUGUGGAAUGGCCCGGUAGCGAACCACGCCACGCAAGUGAUAUCGACAAACCCUCUCUCCCAUGAAUUCUGCCAGACCCAGUCUACCUUUGUCAAGCCGUCAUGCGCAAAUGCCAGACUACAGCUUCAAAAUCUGCUCCGCAAAGUACCCACCUCAUCCGACAACUUCUGCUCUGGAGAUCAAUGCACCCCACGCCCGAUGGCACGAACGCUGCGGAUACAGCAACAUCAGUCAGUCACUGGCAUGGUCAUGCAGCGCUCCCAAUCCUUCCUACGCUUUCCCGAUCAGCCGAACGUGCACUGCCUUCUAGAGCAUCCUCCCAUGCGCUCGAACUUCUUCGGUCCUUGA